AUUACUGGUGAACUGGCUGUGACCUUUCGGGAAGCAUUUUCCUGUCCCUCCACUCCUUCCCUGAACCUCUGGGGAUGGACUUUGGUGCCCUUCUAAUCUCAGUUAACUGCCUCAUAAAUACCUUUAAUUAGUCCAAGGUUCAGGAAUACUUACCCCAUUUUAUAAGCACUGUAUAUUCAUUUGCUGAAUCCAUUCAUUCUCAAGAGGCAGUGAGAUAGCAUUGCCCAUCUGUUUCCCUCUUUAUAAUAUUUCCUACCUUCUAAUUUUGACUCUCUGCUACUAUUGUUUUUUUCCUCUCUCCUUUUCCUCUCUCUCUGAUUCUCUAAUUAAUAGACUCUGACCUCCAUCGUCUCUGUUAUUUUCUCUUUUCCUAGAACCAAUGUCCACAGCUGACUUCUAGACUUCCAACAGACUUGAAGAAGCCCUUGGCCCCAUCAUGGCCCAUCAACAGUUUUCCGGUAAGCUUCAAGAAGAAGUGAUUUGCCCCAUUUGCAUGGAUAUUCUGCAGUACCCUGCUACCAUCGACUGCGGGCACAACUUCUGCCUCAGUUGCAUCACUCAGAGCGGGGGAGCAGCAGACAGCAUCCUUAAAUGUCCCCUCUGCAACAAAAUUGUGAGGAGGGGCACGAUCACGCCCAACUGGCUCUUGGUAAAUCUGGUGGAGAAAAUCCAAGCUAUGGAUCCCUCGGAGAUGCAGCCAGAAAAGGAAGAGCUGAGAUGUCUAAGGCACGGAGAGAAAUGUCAUUACUUCUGUGAGGUGGAUGGCAAGUUCCUCUGCGUGGUGUGUUGUCAAUCCAAGGACCACAAAACCCACAACGCAACUCUGAUAGAAGAAGCUGCCCAGAGUUAUCAGGAGCGGAUCCAAUCACAAAUUGAGGUCUUGCAGCAAAAGGAGAGGGAGAUAAUUCAGAUGAAGUCACAAGGUGAACACAGGAUCAAUGUCUUCAUGCUGGACAAUCUCAGGAAGCUUAAGGAUUCCCUGAAGUCCAGGCAGUGUCUGCCGCCAGGCCAGCUGCUCCAGGACAUCAAAAUUGCCUUGUGCAGGAGUGAAGGAUUUAGCUUUCUCAACCCAACCCCUGUUUCAAUGGGCCUGGAGAAAAAACUCAGUGACAUCAAAUCACGGCAUGAUUCCCUCACAGAGAGCCUGAAGAGAUUCAAAGACAAUCUCCAGGCUGACAGCAAGAAAGAUAAAAGCAAAUUCCUCAGAGGCAUGACUGAGGAAGACAGAAAGAGCUGGUACCUGUCAGAGAAAAACUAUCCUAAAGUGAACAAAACCUCGGAGCCUGAGCUGACCCCUCCAGACACACUGACCCUGGAUGCGGCCUCGGCUCACCCAGAUCUCAUCAUUUCCCAGGAUCUGAAGACAGUGACGCUGACGCCGGUUCUUCAGAGCGUCUGCGCUGAGCCCACCGACCCCGAGCGCUUCUAUCCGUUCCGCUGUGUCCUGGGCUUGCCAGGCCUCUGCUCCGGCUGCCAGACCUGGGAGGCGGAGCUCCAAGGGCCCGGGGGCGGGGGCUGCGUGGUGGGCGUGGCCUCGGAGCCAGUACCUAGGAAGGGCAUGUUGCAGAUAGAGCCCUUGAGUGGCUUUUGGGCGCUGCGCAUCGCGGGCUCCGAGUGCCAGGCGCUCACCGCGGCCGGCACCCGCGAGGAUCUCUCGGUCUGUCCCAGAAAAGUGGGCGUCCGCGUGAAUCACGAGUGCGGCGAGAUCGUGUUCUGCGACGCCACCACGAGCAACCACCUCUACACCUUCCACGCCUCGUUUCCAGGGCAGAUCUUCCCCUUUUUCCGGCUCCUGUUUCCCGGCACCCAGAUCACCCUGAGUCCCUAGAGCUGUUCCUUUGCUUUCCUCUGCGUCUCCUCCCCGUUACCCUCUCGCUUUGGGAUGUGUGGGAUAUGUGCUGUAGGGUUGAAGCUAGACUUCCGGGAACACUUUAGGAAAGUUACACUCUUUUGGCUUCUUGAUGGAGGCCUGAUAUCUCUGAAAUUCCCCCCACGGCCCCCACCCCACCGUUUACUUUUACCUUGUUUCUUUCAGUCCCCCUUUCUCCCCAGUAUACCUAGGUUGAAAAGGAAGCUUCAAAUACACAAGGCUAUUUAUUGUCGCAUUAUAAAUCAAUAGGUAACAAUGAAGAUUCUGCAAUGAGAAUGUUGGUUGAGAUGCAGAUUUCAGGGGACCACACACUGAUUUGAGGCUGUGGCUUUUAUCCUCGAUGCCCUUGAGAGUGUGUGCAGGCUUGGCCCAUCUAGACCUCUUGCUUUUGAGGGACCUGAAAAACAUGACGCUGGAUCGCUGGUGGUUGUCUCCCCAGAGACUCAGUCAGGUCUAGACCUUUUGCAAGUGAGGACUAUCUGUCUAUUAUUCUAGGAUGACCUCCAGGAUAUAUUAGGUGAAAAAAAGCCAAGAUGGAAAAUAGUGCACACAGCAUGUUACACAUUACCUAAGAAAAGGGGAAAUGUAAAUAUACAUUUUUUUAGCUUAUAUUUAUUUUUUAAGUGGAAGGAUAAACCAAAACCUAACAAAAACACUUACCUUUGGGAGGAGGGAGAACCAAGUGGAAGACAUAGAAAUUAGGCUUUGGAAUUAUGUAAAUAUUUUACAUCAUUAUAAAACAAAAUUAAAACAAGAGGAACCUAUCUCUGUAUGUAGUUGGUAGCUUAAAUUCUCUGUAGUUGGUAACUUCUUAGGAGUUAUUUUAGGUGACUUUAAAACACAGUAAUUUAGCUGUAUCUCCUUAGUGGAAUAUAGCCUAAUGACAAAAAGAACUGAAAAUAAAACUUAAAAUUU